AUGUGCGAUUCCACGUUUACGUUUGGCCAGCGCGGCAGCCACUUCUUUCAAUGUCCAUCGAGGCGAGAACAUGCACGUCUUCCAAGAAAGUUGGCGAGGCUUCUCAGCUCCUCACAGUUGAAAAAGAUUUAUCAUGUGACCCUUAGUUUCGAGGACAGCUUCCUCCUUACCUGGCGUGAUACCGAUGGAAAAGACCGUGUUGAGAACUCUGGACUUCCGCCAGAGUUGGUUGACUUCCUAUACGCUCGGAAUCGCGAUAUUCCCAAUAUACGGUGUACGCUGGGACCAUACAACACGUCUUUCUUCGUUCACGACAAAGCUUCGUAUCUCUGGAAAAACCUCCCAGGAGCAUUACUCGUUGCCUUACAGAACAACAUCCAGGACGGGAGUUGGACUGAUCGGCCACGCCUCGUAGCACUGGGUGCCGGAGACAAUUUCUUACUAAUAACUGAGAAGAACGCCUCAGUGUGGGAUUUGCGACACUACAAAUCUGCUCUUACAUUCCUUGAGAAGAGCGCCAUGUCAGAUGUUCAUAGCUUGAUCCUGCAUGCUUAUCGGUACCAAAGCUUCGUCAUGCAGUCCCAGGGCGGUCAACUUUUAUUCGAAAACGUGCCGCCACAUCAAGUCGUAGGCAUCCAAUCCAUGACAGCACCGAUCUUACAAGAUUCGAAGAACGCGCAACGUAGAGUUCUUGCGCGGAGAGAGAGCGAUAAGAAGGAGAACAUGCAGAGAAGGCCUAGCGCUCUCCAACAGCGCGCGCAGAUUCGGAGGGAAUGGAGUGAACACAGCCAGGAGUUUACAGCACAGGCUAAGGGUGUUAGGCUGAGCUUUAGUCUCAAUGUCAGUCUGGGUGGCUUAGCGAGGAUGUUGGGGUGA